UCCAAUAUUGAUAAGCGAUGCUGUGAAAGACCUUUCAGAGGGCCAACGUCAGUUUGCGAACGCGCACUUCCUACAAAACAAAAAGUUCUCAAAACUAAGAGAAAUGCUUAGCCGACGGACGAAUGCCUCCAGACGAACUGAGGCAACACUAUUUCAGUGUGUUUGUAGUUGACCAGCCCGCCGAUUCGCAGAAAAUUUGCUCAACUAACUUUUAGUAUGGAUUAUUCGCACUGAGCGUGAAUACAGCAAAUAAUUUUGGUUGCGGAAUCAAAAAUUUUCGGUGAAGUUUAAAGUGCUCAAGCAACCAAAGAAGCAAAGAAAUCAAGGCUUAUUUCAAAAAUAAGAAAAACUUAAAAAUCAAAAAACGAUAACAUUAAAGUAUAAAAUAUAUGUGCAGAGCUAUUGCAAAAGUUUGCUAGUGAAAUCUAAAAUUGCAAAUUCCAUGCAAGCCAGAUUUCUGAUGUAAUUCAGAUAAUCUAGAAAAAAUAAGAAAGUGAUUAAACGUGCCAAAUCAGUUACAUAUAUAUUUCAUAUAUUUGACGCCAUCAUGACAACAGUUUUCACUAGUAAACAAUUCAGUUUGUGCUGCUUCGUGUUGUUGUGUCUACAUUUUAUUGUAAUUGUCAGCAAUGCUGAAAGCCAGCAGCAUCAUCAUCGACAACAACGUCAACCUUACGGUGGUGAUACUGUUGAUUCUCAAGAUGCGGACGAUGCAACAAAUGAUGUGUCCCCGUAUCAGCGCUCUUCCUAUCGCGGUAGAGAUACUGCACGCAGACAAUUCAAUGAGAAUGAUGUAAAUUAUCAGUUUGGUAAUCGGCAGUUGGCAACAUCGGGUGCAGAGCAACUGUCGCGUCGUCAACUGCGGAAGCAACAACAGCGUCUAGAGAAACAGGCGAGAAGUCAAGUGCCACCCAUCGAAAUGACAUCGGAGGGCAACAAGUGUCAUAUUUGGGUGCCAGUGGAGAUGAUCAACAAAUAUCCGUAUGCGCAACGCAUUCAAUUGGAUCAACGCAAUCAACAGCAAAAAAUUCUGGUUUGCUGCGCUGGCUACGCGCCAUUUCGUUGGCGCGGCAACACGCUUUGCCAACCGCUCUGCGAGAAUUGUCGCAAUGGCCGCUGCAUAGCGCCCAAUGUAUGCGAAUGUUUCGAUAAUUUCGUCGCCAACGAUAACGGCGAUUGUGUAUUCGCCUGUCCGUUGGGUUGUCUGAACGGACGCUGCUUUCUUGAUGGCACCUGUCAAUGUGACGCCGGCUUUAAGUUGGAUGAGACGCGUAAAUUUUGUCGGCCCAUUUGCAGCAAUGGCUGUGGUAUGAAUCCGCGACACAAUUGCACCGAACCGGAAGUAUGUGGCUGUGCGAAGGGUUACCAGCUAACAAAUGAUGGUUGUGUGGCAGCAUGCGAUCCGGAUUGCGGUGAAGGUGGCGAAUGCCGUGAGCCGAAUCUAUGUUACUGCAGACCUGGCUAUGAACUCAAGGAUGGUGUGUGUCAGCGCGAUUGUUAUCAGAAAUGUGAUAAUGGCAUUUGCUAUAGCAAUAAUCGUUGCAUCUGCAAUCCCGGCUUUACAUAUCAUGAACGCUCGACACAGUGUGUGCCCAAUUAGUUGUAGUAAUAUGCUACAUACUUCCUAUUGUUAUGUGGGUAUAGGUGUGAUAAACAUAGUUAUCUUGUGAUAGUAAUUAUAAAAACUUUAAAAUAUCUGUAAUAAAAUUAAAAUGUUUAUUCUAAGCCUCGCAAAAGCUGGUAACCUGGCAUGCUGCUCUAUAAAAUAUCAAAAAUAGUGUCAAUGCUAGGCUCAAAAUUAUUCUUAACUUCGGUUGUGAACUCCAAAUCAAUUUUUACAAGAGUAGAAGGUAUUGCGCUAAAUAUAAAAAUUUAUAGGGUGAAAAAAU